AACCGUGAAUAUUUGAAAUAAGUUUCAUUCCACUGUCAGUGUAUUAAACAUGGAAUUAUAACGUAUAAAAGUUCAACAUUGCCAAAUAAAUUGACUUUCGCUUAAAUAAGUGUUCACUGCUUAUCUGGAAUUAUUUUACACACCAACAUAUCAAACAAAAAUACACGUAAUGUACAAAACAAAACCUUGACGUUUGAAACUUCCGGUUUCUGCUAUAAAUAUACCUGACGCGGAUAAAAAUUCAUGUAAACGUUUCACUACUCGAAAAGGAAUACAUACAUCAAUCUACGAUGUGCAUUUUGUUUAUGCACCUUGGGCAGUCUACGGACGGAUAUAGACUGAUCUUGGCUAACAACAGGGACGAACUUUGGGACAGACCAACCGACACAGCAGCAAUCCGAGGAACAGCCCGACGUUGGAUUGGUGGUAUUGACGUAGAACCAGGAAAAGAAGGCGGCACGUGGCUUGGCGUAUCAGAAAAUGGACAACUCGCCAUUUUACUUAAUAUUCUUGAAGUUCAGAAACCAGAUGCCAAAGGCAGAGGUUUCUUUGUUCCGAAUUUCCUGACCGGGGAGAAAACAGUAGACGAGUACCUGGCGGAUGUCGCCACUGAACACGACCUCUACAACCCCUUCCAUCUGAUUUUGGUGGACCUUAGGUACCGGCAAUUUACUAACCAACACAAACCCACUUUGUGCGUGAAGACGAUAACAUGUAGCCAUAACACAGAGCCGAUUACUCAUUCAUACUCGGAUGGUUACGUUUCCUGUGACAACUCUCGCGAUAUCACGAAGCCUUGGAAGAAAAGGUCGGUCGGAGAAAAGCAGUUUUCGGACAUAGUGGCGGCUUACGGAAGCCCUGAACACAAAGCAGAUCUCGUUGAGCGUUUAAUGGGUUUAAUGAACGAUAGAGUAAGACACUUACCUGACCUGGUUCUUGCGGAGCAGUUUGCGGCUGUUGGUAGGUCCACUGAGAGUGAGUUUUUCAAACAGCGAGCAGCCGUAUCAGUUUUCUCACCGGAAGUUAAGUAUGGAACAAGAACAAACACGAUUAUCCUCGUAGACCACACAGGAAACUGUAGCUACAUAGAGCGUACAUUGAAAAUGCCAGUUAGCGUAGACAAGCCAGAUUACAGCGUCGUUGAACUAAGUUUUAAAAUAAAAGUUUGAGAAUUAUUUUAAAGAACAUCGAAAAUGGUUUACACGUAUUAAUAGUGUGUUUUUAGCUCGACUAUUACAUAUGAAAUAUAUAUAGUGGAGCUAUCCUACUCACCCCGGCGUCGGCGUUAGCGUUAGCGUGAGUGUGCAAAUGUUAAAGUUUGCGUACCACCUCAAAUAUUUUCAAUGUCCCUAGACAUAUUGCUUUAAUAUUCUGCUUACUUCUUUACCAAUAUGACCCCAACCUAUAAACAAGAGCAGACAACUGUAUCAAGCAUUUUGUAAGAAUUAUGGCCCCUUUUUCACUUAGAAUAUGCAUGAUAUAUAAUAUUGAUAAAUCUAUGUUAAAGUUUGCGUACCAUCUCAAAUAUUUUCAUUGUCCCUUGACAUAUUGCUUUCAUAUUUUACAAACUUCUUUACCAACAUGACCCCAAUCUAUAAACAAGAGCAGACAACUGUAUCAAGCAUUUUUUUAACAGUAAUGGCCCUUUUUUCACUUAGAAUAUGCAUAUUACUUUAGUUACAUUGCCAUAACUUCUUUAUUUAUGAGCAUAUUGUAUUCAUACUUUGACAAAACAACACUUACCUGACAUACCACAAUGGACUCCAAACCAUCCCCCACGCCCCAGCCCAGAAUCCCCCCCCCAAAAAAAAAGAAAAAAAAUCUUUUUUUUUAAAGAUCAUCUAUUAAAUGACCAGCACACACCCACAUUAAACCCCCCUCUCCAUGAUGGCUUACAUUAUACUGUCAAGCACUCGAAUUGUCGAGCUCGCUGUCCUCUGACAGCUCUUGUUUAUUAUGCUUGGUGUUUUUAAUUGUCUCUUACUGGUCAGCACACGUUGAAUCAAUGUAAUUUGACAGAAAUUAAAAACCAUAUUCAUACGAAUAUUUUAGUAUUUAAGUGUAUCAUUUAGAGACAUUUACUUGGUAUCUUUAUAUUUGCGUGCCUAUUAAUUGUAUUGUUCCAAUCAGUAAUAAUAUAUAUCAUCAUGAUAUUUUUUAUAGUAUGCUUGUUUUAAACAGCUAGAUUAUUUAGUCAUACAUUGUUUUAUUGUUAUUGAGCUAGAUUAAAGAAGUAAGAAGUAAACGCGUCUGCCAAAUACAAUAGAAGUGACGGCUCGCAAUAUGAUCCAUAAGUAUAACAUUAGCGAGUUAAACGAUGUAAAUGUGAUGCAGAUAUAAUAAUACAGAUCGAAAUCAUAUACGUUUAAGCGUUCUUUCUUGACAUGUUAGGCAUAGAAUGUAUGUUUAAUUUUGUAUGUAAACCAACAAAUGCAUUAACAUUUAUGAUAUUUAAAUAAACAAAUGCUUUUUAUUUUA